AUGUCAACAUCAUCCGAUCCAAAGAUGAAAUCCCGGAGAAAAGAGGGGAAAGACAAGAAGUUCGAGUUGUUUAUACAAAAUGGAAGCACCUUGUUACAACAACUCAUAACCGACUGUAACGGUAAAUCAAAUCCCAUCCGUGACUUCUCACCGGAUCAAAUCCUCAAGGCUACAAAUAAUUUCGAUCCAUGUCUUCAAGUUUUUGAUUGCUGGCAUUAUACCUGGUACAAGGGUGUGAUUGAAGACAGAAACUGCAUGAUCAAGAGAUUCUCAGAAGGAGAAGUCUUAGGACUCGGAGAGGGAGAUGCUUACAAUGACAUGGUGAUAUCUGCUCGGGUAAGCAAUCACAAAAACUUCCUCAAACUGCUAGGAUGUUGUCUCGAGUUUCCGCUUCCAGUUCUAGUAUUUGACGGUGCAGAAAACGGGGUUCUAGACCAGCAUGGAGAUGCAUGUAACGGGAAUAAUAAAAUGGUGCUAUCUUGGAACCAAAAGUUAAAGAUUGCAAAGGAGGUAGCCAACGCUGUGACUUAUCUUCACACAGCUUUUCCGAGGAUCAUUGUUCACAGAGACAUAAAGCCGAUGCAUAUUUUCUUGGACAAGAAUUGGACUCCCAAGUUGUCUGAUAUGUUGUUUUCGAUUUCACUCCCUGAAGGAAAAACGCAGAUGGUAGAUAAAGUUAUCGUGGGAACAUUCGGAUACAUGGAUCCAUCUUAUCUCAGCACACGUUUAGUGACGGAAUAUACAGAUGUCUUCAGCUUUGGAAUCCUUUUGUUGGUUCUUCUGAUUGGAAAUGGUAGAGCAGCUGUGUCCGCGGGCCCUGAUGGCCAAUCGGUCGAUAUUCUUUGCUAUGUGAAAAACGUUUAUGUGAAUAGUGAGAUGAAAAACAUUUCAGAUCGAAGAUCACGUAAGAGAGAGGUGGUUGAUCUCGCGCUGAGAUGCUGUGAGGGCUUGAGAGAAGAUAGACCAACGAUGAUCCAUGUAGCAAAGGCACUUGACCGGAUCGAGAAAUCAAUUAUGUGA